GUCUCGUUCACUUUGCGAAAAUAGCCUACCCAGCCCACAAUCUCACCAUUCUCAUUCAUCAGACUUAUGAUCCCCCCCUUCAGGACCUUCAACUUCUGUUUCUCUCGGCUGGUUAUGAUUGCUUUCGUGGCGGCACGGAAUGUGUUAUCGAACGAAAUACUUAUGCCUGUUCAGCAUUCAAGAUAUUCCUCAGACUCCCUUUCCCGCGUUGCUGACACAAACUCCUGGAAGAUCUCGCUGACCAUGUCAUGCGAGAUCGGCCUCGCAUUGUACUCUUUUACGUCGUAAGGACCCGAGAACGCCCGAAGUGGAUUUGGGCUGAAGAAAUCCAUCCCAUGUCGUGUCGUUCGACGUGAUUUCCAAGCUUGAAGGUAAUCCAGCUUCCGCCUGUGGUACUCAAGCAAAUGAAGUUCUUUUUGAAAGUAACAGCACAUCUGUAGAAA